CAGUUUUUACAACUGUUGAGCUUUCAAGGGUAAUCGGAGCCGAGCCCGGCCAACCUCGGCAGCUGCCGAUGAGAGAACGCGGCUCUACCUUCCCCAAUUCCCCUCCAGAGCCGCUCCCAGCCUUGGGGACCCUUUGGGGACACGGGGCAGGGAUGGCUCUGUGAAACCAGCGGGUGCUUCAGGCCAUGCAUUCCCACUGAAAAAAAAAAAAAAAAAAAAAAGAAUCAUCGGCGCUUGCAAGAAGUGCCAGUGCUCUGGAUCCUGCGGGAAUUUUUUUCUUUUUUUUUUUUUUUUCCCCUCCCUCCUGCAGCCCGCCCCCAUCCCUCUCUCUUCUGCCAGGCGUGCCGGCGCUGCUCUUCAUUUCUGGGAAACCAUGGACAAGAAGCAAGAUUCCAAAGGAUCCUUGGAGCCACACAAACCAGUGAAAGGCAAGAAGAAGAGGGAUCUGAGGAUAACAUGUGUCCCCAUCAAACCACCCAUUGCCAACACAACGCCCCCGAGGAACUUGGACUCCAGGACGUUCAUUACCAUCGGAGAUAAGAACUUCGAGGUGGAAGCUGAUGACCUGGUGGCCAUUUCAGAGCUGGGCCGUGGGGCGUACGGCGUGGUGGAGAAGGUCCGGCACGCGCAGAGCGACACCAUCAUGGCUGUGAAGAGGAUUCGAGCCACUGUGAACACCCAGGAGCAGAAGAGGUUGCUGAUGGACCUGGACAUCUCCAUGAGGACAGUUGACUGCUUCUACACAGUCACUUUCUACGGAGCCCUCUUCCGUGAGGGUGAUGUGUGGAUCUGCAUGGAACUCAUGGACACCUCCCUAGAUAAAUUCUACAAGAAAGUACUGGAGAAGAAGAAAACCAUCCCUGAAGACAUUUUGGGGAAAAUGGCUGUGUCUAUUGUACGAGCUCUGGAGCACCUGCACAGUAAACUCUCUGUAAUCCAUAGAGACGUGAAGCCUUCCAACGUGCUGAUCAACAAGGAGGGGCACGUGAAGAUGUGCGACUUCGGCAUCAGCGGUUACUUGGUGGACUCUGUUGCCAAGACCAUGGAUGCUGGCUGCAAACCCUACAUGGCUCCAGAAAGAAUAAACCCAGAGCUGAACCAGAAGGGCUACAACGUGAAGUCAGAUGUCUGGAGCCUUGGGAUCACAAUGAUUGAACUGGCCAUCCUGCGCUUCCCGUACGAGUCCUGGGGGACGCCCUUCCAGCAGCUCAAGCAGGUGGUGGAGGAGCCCUCGCCCCAGCUGCCCCCUGAACGCUUCUCCAAGGAGUUUGUGGACUUCACAGCACAGUGCUUAAGGAAGAACCCAGCUGAGCGAAUGAACUAUUUAGAACUUAUGGAACAUCCUUUCUUUACCUUGCACGACACCAAAGAGACUGACAUGGCCUCCUUUGUGACAGAGAUCCUCGGGGAAGACUCCUAACUCCCAGCUCCCAGCUUCCUGCAGUCCCUCCAUCCCGGCUUCCCCGCAGGACAGCGAGCCAGGACUCGAGUUCACGGUGGUUUGCACAAAUCACAAAUCAUCACAAAUCGCACCUCCCCGGCCUGGGGGCAUCUCUGGCCCCAUCCAGCCUUGAAAUCUCUUUUGUCUUUGCCCUGAGGAAAAAAAAUCCUCCAGGAGGAGCCUUUUGAAGCCAAGACCUUCCCAGCCAAGCCAAGGACUCGGAAGGCUCAGGAGGUCCCUGGAGAGGAGCAGUGCCUGAGCAGGCAGAGGGUGCCAGAGGCCACCUCCCCUCCCCAGUGCACAGCACAGGGGGCUGUGUUUCUUUGCUGCCAGGGGAAGACAGAACCAGUGCUGCUGUGCUUCUCCCACGCCUCUCCUGCCUGCCCAAAGCCCCUUCCCUGGAGUUGGGUCUCACUCCCUUCCCUCUGUGCCUGACUCUCUGCUCCCAGGAGCCCACCCAGCUUUAGGGGCUUGUGGGGCUCCCUGGGCUGCUGCUCACACCAGAGGCUGUUUUGAUGCCUGGCUCUACACCUUGAGGACCUUUUGAGGCAGCACCAGCUCGGGCAUCUCUCUCCCUCAAUCAGUGCUGCUCCCUUGAUGGGGAGGAAAGGCAUUUUUCCACGAGCCCACUGUGACACAAGCUGCAGCCCAUGCUGUGCCCACACCUGGGACUUCACCCAGCAUCCAUCCCUUCCCUCGUGGGCACAAGGUGAUGGAGAGACAGCACAUCCCCAGUGCUGCCUCUCCUCCCUCCACUGCCUGGGAGGGCACAUCCUGCUCUGGGCAUCGCCUUGCACAGCCCUGGCUGCCUCCAGCAUCCCUGGCUCCCUGAGAAGACGCUGCUCCCUCUGCUUUCCAACCUGGAGCUGAUGGCAGACCUUGCACUGUGACACCUGCUCCUUCCAGAGGCUGAACUGGUGUCCCAAACUGUCCCCAGCCCCAGUGAGAGCCAAACCCCAGUGACUGGCCCGGGGCUGCCACAGUUGUACAUUUGAUGUCUAUAUAUAAUGGACUUUGUAACGUGUUCCCUAGGUUUGAUCUAACUCGCUAUAAAUUAAAGCCCUUCUGUGUGGGAGGAGGGAGGAGCAGUUCCUUCUCUGCUGACAAAUCCACUGUGAAAACCUGAUGUGUUUCCCCAUGCUCCCAGCCUGAGGAGCCAGGGGAGCAGGAGAGGUUUCUGGCUUCUACUGUACAUGAUCACAGAUAAACGCACCGGCUGUGGAUUUUAUUUUUUUUUUUAAUUGAGUUUUUCCGAAGGAUUUUUUUUUUCUUUUCUAAUAUAUAUUUGUGUGUGUGUAUGUGUGCUCUAUAUAUAUUAUAUAUUUUUAAAUCAAUGAUGAAUGUGUGGAUGUCUAUGUGGCCAGCAGAUCUGGCAUAAUAACAUUUUUCUGGCUAAAUUUGGGCAGGUGGGGAAGGGGUCAUUAGAAAACACUCUGGCCUAAGAUUACUUUUUUUUUCUUUCUUUUUUAAAGAAAUGCAUCUAUUUUUUAACUGAAUCUUUUAAAAAUGUUGUUCCUGAAAUUCAUGCCCUGGAGGUCUGGAUUUCAGGGUGAAUUUCCAGUGUUCAGGGUCCCCCUCAAUGAAGAAUGAUGUCCCCUUAAAUUCAUUAUCCCCCCUCCUGCAGUCCAGGGUUUGAUGCAGUGCUGGGGACUCCCUGCCUGGGAACUGGGGUGUUCCACACCAUUUAUCCCCACGAGCUGCUCCUGGCAAAGCUGCUUUGGGGCAAAUGGUUUUCAGUCCUUCAUGCAUCACACAGCCACACUUUUCCCUGUGCCAUCCCUCUGAUCCCUGAGUCAACAAACCCUGGGGGAACCAGCCCAGCUGGAGCUGCACAAACCCUGGUCAGCUUUGGUUCCACUCUCAUCCCCCAGCCCACCUCUGGAUGGAAAAUAAGAAGUGAUUGAUGUUCUCCAUGUCUCCCUCCUCCUCAUCCUGCUCUGCAAACCACCCAACACUCACCUGUACCUGCUUGGUUUCACAGCUUUGCUGCUGAGAUGUACAAUUGUAUUUUUGGUAGUUGGUUACUUUGGAUUUUUUUUUGAGUUGAGCUUUUGGGUUUUCUUCCUUCUCUCUUUGUUUAAACCCUUCUCCCCUUCAUUUAGCUCACCCUUUUAUGGUGCUUUGGGGAAUGGUGUUCAUUUUUUAAAAAAAACAUUUUUUUUGCAUGCUUAAUAAUUUUUUUUCUGCAUUUCUCCUCCUGGAGAAAGUCUGGAUUUCUGUAUUUUGGGAUAAGGGAGCAUCUGUCCUUUCAAGCACAGGGGAGAUGGCUCUGGGGUGGGCUUGGGUCCCUGGGGAUGAGCUGAGGCUUUGCUGAGGAGGCAAACACACCACACCUCCCUCUGCCAUCUCCUUUGCUUCAUUCAACACAGGUCUUACCUGUCCAAAUCCCCAAUAUCCCUUUUCACCUCCCUGCUUCCCUGUCCCACCUUGUUCCCUCUGCAGUGGCAGUUCCCUGGGGAGAACCAGCUUGGCUUAAGGUGGGCGAGGAUUUUUGGCUGGCAUGGGAAGCCCCUCUCCCCUUGUAUUUUUGGGAAUGGUCUGUACCCCUCAACCCCCAUCCUUGAUUCUAAUAAAAUUCACCCUCAAAACCCUGC